UUACUACAUUGCAAUUUUGUCUAUACUACAACAUUUCCGCAGUUCUCUUGGAAUCUUAGAAGUUUUGUUGGAUUAGAGUGUUAUCAUAAUCAUUAUAACCCAUUAUUAGGUUUGCUUUAACUUUAUUUUGAUUGUUAACGCACAACACACUAUUGUUUGACAUUUUAAAUCCAUAGAAUACACUUAACCUCUCUAAUUCCUAAACCGUGAGUAGCCUACGUCUUCCAAGGCCAAACAUUAGUUUUUAAUAAUCAUUAGUGUUAACAAUUUACGUGUCAGAAAGGUUUGACCAAUUAGGUGUGUAAAGGGAGCACCAACAUGUAAAACAUCAAAAAUGAUUCAUUAUCUAUUGAAAUAAUCGCUAAGAUUCCAUUGAUUCUACAAGGCUGUAAAACAAUUUGAGAGGAUGCCAAAUAAUAAACACAACAGUGCUACUUCCCGCCUGAAGCAGGAUUACAUGCGGCUCAAACGAGACCCUGUGCCGUAUGUGGUUGCUGAGCCCCUACCUAACAACAUCUUGGAAUGGCAUUACGUGGUAUUAGGACCAGAAAACACCCCUUAUGAGGGUGGAUUCUAUCAUGGAAAACUGGUUUUUCCAAGGGAGUUCCCAUUCAAGCCACCUUCCAUUUAUAUGAUAACUCCUAAUGGAAGAUUCAAAACCAAUACGAGACUGUGUUUAUCUAUAAGUGACUUCCAUCCUGACACGUGGAAUCCCGCUUGGAGUGUGUCGACAAUUUUAACGGGACUGCUCAGUUUCAUGACGGAAAAAAGUCCAACAUUAGGCAGUAUUGAAGCGAGUGAUUACGAAAGGAAAAAUCUUGCGAUACAAAGCUUGAGUCAUAACCUCAACAAUCAGCAGUUUUGUGAUUUGUUCCCUGAUCUAGUAGAAACAAUGAGAGAAAAGCUGAACAAACGCCUCCAGGCUGAGCGAAACAACAUGAUCAAUGACGCCAAUGAAAACCACUGUCCUGGCUACGACCCCACGAACCCUGCACAUGGAAACGUGGGGGUCAACGACCAAAACCAAAACCCGCUACAGAGCGUGGUGGCAAACAUUUUUGUAUUCAUUGGAUUUGCAGCGUUUGCGUACACCGUCAAGUACGUUCUGAGCAGUACCAGUUUAGAGUAGACCAAAGAUUUACUCAAGCUUUAACGUCAUCUUCCUUGAUUCUGGAAAUAGUUUGAAAUUGAGAAACAUUCGUCCGAAAAACGAUUGUUUAUAAAGUUAUCUCUAUAACGUUAUUCGAUGAGUGUAUGUGUUAAAAAUUAUUACUGUGCGAUUCAAAAAUAUUUUAAAGUAUUGUUUAUUGACUGAUGCCAAAUACAAAUAUUUAAAUAUUAAUAUAGAGAUGUCUACUUUUUCAAACAGUAUUUCACUGGUCAAUAUAGAUUUGGAAUAACAUUAGUCUUACUGCGGUGUAUAGUGUGGAAUACAUUUUUACAUCAUGUUUAAUCAUGUUUCUUUGUUCAUUGAUUUUACGUACAUAUUACUUCUGGGUACUAAAAGAAUAACAAUCAACUAUUGACGUAGCCAGAUAUCUGCAAUAUGGACUAAUAGGUCAAAAUUACCUGUAUCGGUUCCAAAUUGUAACAUUCAAUGUGCUACAUGUUUUGGCGGGCUGCCAUUUUCAAACAUUUAAUCCGCUUGAAUAGCUUCAUUGAUGGUUUAAACACACAAGAUUUAACACACGACAUUCAACAUUGCCCGUACAAGAGCCGCGUUUGUGAAUUGAGUUGGUUCCCGCUGGUGUAUCGGCAAUUUUGCUUACUUUUGAUAGGCCUAUCAAACAAAGUAUUUAUUUAAUAUGUCGUAUGUUUAAACCAUCAACAAAAGUAAUUCAAGAGGAUUUCAUGUUUAUUUCUGGACUAAAGUGUUUGAAAAUUUAGGGUAGCACUUUGAAUGUUUGGACAAUAACAAUAACAUUUGGAAUUAUGAAAGUAAUGUAAAACCAAUUAGUCAACUGCUAUCCAAUUUAUAACCCAUCUGAAAGCACAAAGGCAUUUAGGCCUACCAAGUAUUAUACGAAUCUCUGUCUUUCUUCUGUUCCGAAGCCGUUGUGUGAAAGGUGUAUAUAACUGUUGUGUGGGAUAUAUUAUUUUUGUAUUGAUAUAUAGUAGGGUCUUUAAACUUGAACAAAGCUGUAAAUUGUAUCAUGUACAGAGUUAUACCUUUUAAUUGACGCCUUACCUAUCGCUUUACUUAUUUUGCUUGUUAAAUAUUUUAUUUUAUCUUAAAAAUUUCAAACGUAAACCCAAGCACUUUUUGCAGAUAAGUUUGUUUUCUGUGAUUUUAUCAUUUGGCAACGAUGCUAUUGUGAUGUGAGAGCGCAAUGCCACUUCAUGUGUUACGAUUUAUAGAAAAAUGUAUAUUAAUGUUAUGCAAUUAUGAGUUAUGGAAAUAUUUGUACUGUAAAUAGUUUGUUUAAAAAAUAAACUUACAAAAACUA